CCCAGAGUCCUACAGGCAGCUCCUGUUUCCCUCCUGAGGACUGAGGCAGUGCUUGUAGAGUCAGGCAUGAAGACUCUGGGGCUGAGCUGAGUGCCCUGGGCCUGAAGUCCUGGCCCCAUGGCGGGGUACGGGAGGGUGAGAGAGGCUGGCUCCUUGGCCACCGGAUGCCUGGGCCAGCGCCUCUGUGUGGGGGAAGCCUUGUGACAUGCCCAUCUUCCUCCGAUUUCCCAGGAAAGGAACCGGGGCACAGGUGCGAGGGGAGGCUCAGGAUGAAUGAUCAGAAGUGACAUCGCCAGGCUCAUUGCCAGGCUUUGGAAAGAAAGGACAAACGUGCUGCUCCCAAGCCUCGCCUGGUCAAUCAGGCCCUUUCUGACCCACACCUCAUUCACUGUCCAAGGUUUUCCGAGUGAACCUGAUAUGGAGGAGAGGGAGGACCCUGCGGCUGGGGCAGAAAGCAGCCUUCUACGGGCAUCCCUGGGGAUCCAGGAGUUAAGAAGCCACUGGCCAAGGCGGGGGACUCGGGUUCGGUCCCUGGUCCAGGAAGAUCCCACAUGCUGCGGGCCCCAGGCCUCUGAGGUGCAGCCUCUGAGCCUGCGCUCUGGAGCCCGCACUCCGCAACGAGAGCAGCCCCUCACCGCAGCUGGAGAAAGCCCUGGCACCGCCAGAAAAGAGAGAAAGCAAGCAAAGAGAAGUCUCCAGGUGCUGCUAGAACUGCUCAGGGGCAGCUUCUUGCGCUCUGAGAAGGGGGACCCACUCACUCCCCAAACUGAGGGCCUGCCCCGGGAUGAAGGGGCAGCUGAGACAAAUCCCCUUCAAGCACCGUAUGGAGAACGAAGCCCAGGGAGGUGGACGGACCGACCACGAAGCGCAAAGGAACCAGUGUGGAUGGGGCCCCUACUUCUGGAGCCCAUCAGCCGGGAAGCCGGCCGAGCGUGUCCUUCGGGCCGCCGUGGCCGUGGCCGCGGGGAAGGGCCCUCGGGCCACCGGGGGAGGAGGGCGGGGCGGGCCGGCGGCGACGCCCCGGGGUGGGGCCAGCCGGUAUAA